GGGGGUCCCCGCCGGGGCUCUGCCCGCUCCGCCGGGGCUCGGGCACGGCGCUGGAAGCGCGCCGGCCCCUUCUCCCCCUUCCCCUGCUCCCCCCUCCGCGCCCACCCGCUCCCCACCUCCCCCCUCAGCCUCCCGCCCUGCCUCCCUCCUUCCCUCCCUCCCUCCCCCGGCUGCAAUGGCUGAGCCCGUGCGCCAGGGUAGCGGGCGCCCUCACACAAAGGGAAGGGAAGGGAGGAAGGAGCCAUGUUCUGUAGACGCCAGCGCAGCGGCCAUUCCGCGCCUCGCCCGCCGCCGCCGCCUCCUCCUCCUCCUCCUCCGCCCUUUCUCCGGGGGGGGUCCCGCGGCCUCCCCGCCGCGCCGCUGGCUGCGGUGAAGGCGAGGGGGCGCUGGGGGUGCCCCGCUCUUGCUCGGCGCACAAAAUGGAAGCAGUCCGGGCGGCGGGUCACCUCCUCCUCGUCCUCCUCCUCCUCCGCCAGGAGCCUGCGCCAUGCCCGGGCGGCCCGGCCUCAUGGCGGGGGGGACGCUUUGUCUCCUCACGGCCGGGCGCGGGGGGCUGAGGGGUGUGUGUGUCGGGGGGCAACGGCGGUCGCCCCCCGCCCCCCUCCCCCCUCGCUGAGAAAUUCGGCGAAUAAACUUUGAGGGCGCUCCCGUAAUAGCGGCGUUUUACUAUUUCUGGCCAUUUGUAGCCCCGUUUCUCCCCCACCCCACCCCCCCCAAGCUCGCUGCCCCCAGCAGAGCUCUGAGGGGACCCGCGACGCCCUCACCACCCCCCCCCCGCCGGGGCCGCGUCCCAAAAUGGCGGGAAGGCGGCUUUUAAACGGCCUCACAGGGCCUCGUCUCCUCACAGGGCCUCCCCGAAGCACCCCCGGGCACCCCACGCUCCUCCCCGGGGCUCUUCAGACACAUUUCUCCCCCCCCCCUUCUCUUUCCCCCAGGGCCCGCUCUGGGAACGAUCUCCGUGGCGAGGCAGGAGCUGCUCCUGGUGCUUCAGCCCCCUUCUUGUUUACUUGACAGAAACUUCAAACCGGACGUGUUUAGUCACGGAGCAGAAAUCUGUUUCUGUCUAUCCGCCAAACCGAUAGGAAACGCUGCCGCUGUGGCAAUACGGGCAGGCGGCAGGGUGUUUUUUUCUGUGUUUUUUUUUUUUUUUUCUUUUUAAUUCCCGCUGAAGGGCAGAGUUCGUCAGGGCGCGAGUGGCUUUUUCCAGGGAGCUGUGAAGAAAUGCUCCGAAUGUCUGGCUGGGGUGUGAAAGCUCCAGGAGGGUGUUUUUUAAUUCCUUCUCCGACCCUGAGAGAAGCAGCUAGUUCUCUCGCUGAGCACAGCCUUACUAGGCAUAUGUAAAUGUCAUACUUCUCACGUCCCCGGCUUGGUUAUAACAUGUUUGAGCGCAGUGGCUCAUUCCUGUAUUUCUAGGUAUACGUAUAAAGAGUAGUUUUUUUUCAUAGCGUACUUAAAGGAGAAUGAUAAUAUAUGGCAUAUAAAAAUAAUGAAUAUUUUUUGCAAAUAAGCCCCAAAGGUCUACAGGGUACGGUGAUAGAAAGACGGGCUAUUUGAAGAAAGAAUUUAGUAACUGAGAAGGCCAGCUGAGACAGGAUAUUCAGAAAAUCAUCAAAAAUGGGCAAAGGCGAUCCAAAGAAGCCGAGAGGUAAAAUGUCUUCAUACGCCUUCUUUGUGCAAACCUGCCGGGAGGAGCACAAGAAGAAACAUCCAGAUGCUUCAGUGAACUUUUCAGAGUUCUCAAAAAAAUGCUCAGAACGAUGGAAGACUAUGUCUUCUAAGGAGAAAGGGAAGUUUGAAGAUAUGGCAAAGGCUGACAAGCUUCGUUAUGAAAAAGAAAUGAAAAACUAUGUACCACCUAAGGGGGAAACAAAAAAGAAGUUCAAGGAUCCAAAUGCACCGAAGAGGCCUCCUUCGGCUUUUUUCUUGUUUUGCUCUGAGUUUCGUCCAAAAAUCAAAGGAGAACAUCCUGGUCUGUCCAUUGGGGACGUCGCAAAGAAACUGGGAGAGAUGUGGAACAACACCGCCGCAGAUGAUAAACAGCCUUAUGAAAAAAAGGCUGCUAAACUGAAGGAGAAGUAUGAGAAGGAUAUCGCUGCAUACCGGGCCAAAGGGAAGGUUGAUGCAGGCAAAAAAGUAGUUGCCAAGGCUGAGAAGAGCAAGAAGAAGAAGGAGGAGGAGGAAGAUGAGGAUGAAGAUGAGGAGGACGAAGAUGACGAAGAAGAGGAAGAAGAGGAGGACGAAGAUGAUGAUGAUGAUGAAUAAGUCUCUUUUAGAGCAAUUUCUUUCUUGUCUAUAAAGCAUUUAACCCCCCUGUACACAACUCACUCCUUUUAAAGAAAAAAAAAAUUGAAAUGUAAGGCUGUGUAAGAUUUGUUUUUAAACUGUACAGUGUCUCUUUUUUUGUAUAGUUAACACACUACCGAAUGUGUCUUUAGAUAGCCCUGUCCUUAGUGGUAUUUCAAUGGCCACUAACCUUGCCUGGUACAGUGUGGGGGUUGUAAAUUGGCAUGGGAGUUUUAAAGCAGGUUCUUGUUGGUGCACAGCACAAAUUAGUUAUAUAUGGGGAUGUAGUUCAAUUCUCAUCUUCAGUUGUCUCUGAUGCAUCAUAAAAAAAAAAAAAUAAUUGUUGUUCUGUUAACUGAAUACCACUCUGUAAUUGCAAAAAGGAAAAAAAAAAGUUGCAGCUGUUUUGUUGACAUUCUGAAUGCUUCUAAGUAAAUACAAUUUUUUUUUUAUUAGUAUUGUUGUCCUUUCAAUAGGUGCCCUUGAAAAUCAUACUUUUUCUUUUCUCUUUUUUUUUUUUUUUUGAGGGGAACUCCUUUUGCUUUAUUGAAUGCCUGUUUGGGAUCACGUGAAUAUUACAGUUUUCAUCUUUCAUAUAACCAGCUGAUAAACAAAGCUUUGAUCUACAUACCCUGCAUAAUCAUGAUAGGGUAAGAAAAGAAAUAUAUAGGCAUAUGAUGAAAGAAUAUUCUUCCGUAACUGGAAACAAAACAAACAAA